AUGGAAGAUUCAAGGAUGCAGUUACCAGGCUUCGUUUUUUCCCCAUCAAACGAAGACAUAUUUAAAUGUUAUUUGAAACCAUUGAUCGAAGAUCAGAAGGAUGAUUAUUUGAAUCCUAUUUACAAGACUGAGGAGCUCUACGGAGAAAACGUCAACAUUGAACUCACUUUCGAAAGAGCCUUACAAAAUUAUAGGCAAUACGUGAAUGCUGAAAAGAUUUUUGAUGAUUCUUUAUGGUUCUUUACGAAGUUGAAGCGACACGGUACUUCUAAUCGAUUUGAUAGAAAGGCUGGUGUCGGAACUUGGACAGCAACUGAUCAAGCUAAAACUAAAUACGAAGACAAAAAAGAAUCGUUGAAAGGAAAAUUCAGGACCUUCGCUUUCACCGUUCCUGAUAAUGAUGGAUUACAAGGCACUAAAGCUCCUACAAGAAAAAGAAUUUCAGCGUCAGCAAGUAAGGAUUUGAAUAACAACGCCAACUGGAUCAUGCAUGAGUAUUCAUUAGAAAAAGAUGAAAAACUGUAUUCAGAUUAUGUGAUUGUUAAGAUCAGAAGAAAAAGAAACACAUCAUCUUGUUCUCAAGAGGUCCAGAAUGAAGCCGCAGUAGAAGUUGAAGAUGUCCGUGCAACCAAAACACCUCAUAUCGCCAAUCAGUAUCAGUUAACGUCGUCAGAUGGCCAACAUGAGAUAGCAGCACCACCAACUCAAGAUGACCAACAAGGAGAAUACAACAGAGAUUUAGAUAUUGACUCAUGGAAGAACUAG